AUGCCCGCCCAGCUACGUUAUUUGCGGAGUUUAUUUUUGCUGUUUGAAGCUGCUUCCGGUUUGAAGGUUAACUUGGCCAAAUCGGUGUUAAUUCCAGUGGGGAAUGUGGAGCAAGUGGGCAGGUUAGCCGGUAUUCUAGGGUGUGGGGUUGCUUCUUUGCCAGUAAAGUACCUUGGUUUGCCGCUGGGGGCCUCUUAUAAGGCUAAGCAUAUUUGGGAUGGAGUAAUCGAGAAGAUAAAACGUCGGUUGGCCGGUUGGAAAAUGUUGUAUUUGUCGAAGGGUGGAAGAGUCACGCUUAUCAAGACUAGGGCUGGCAAAACAGAAUUCAAGAGCACUCUUGCCAAUUUGCCUACUUACUAUUUGUCUCUUUUCCCUAUUCCGAUUAGUGUUGCUAAGCGGAUUGAGAAGCUGCAGUGGAAUUUCUUAUGGGGUGGUCUAGGCGAAGAGUUCAAGUACCACCUAGUAAAGUGGUCGAAGGUUUCUGAUAUGCUUCUGUGUAUAGGAGUGUGA